GCUGAGUUACAAAAAGACCGUGGUCAGCGCUAAAGACAAGAUCUCUUUAUCCAGCAUCGCCCGCUCUUGAACGUACGUGGAACGCGCGUUUCGGACUGCCUUCAACGCCCCACCUACCUACCUACCUACCAACCACACGAUCGCCAUCAACCAUUAGUGAAUCACCUCUCCACUACGUAGUUGUGCUAGUAGAAAAUGAAGCACGAGCGAUUCACCACCAGCCCGUUCGACGAGGUGGCGCUCACCAUGGGCGAUCGCUCUCAACUCGAGGCACUGGCGCAGACCUUUGUGUCCGAUAACUUGCGGCAAUAUCUAACACACUCGGCCAUUGGACUGGACAAGGUGGACGAGCGCCGUUGGAAGGUGGUCAAGGCCAAGGAAGCUCUACGUGUCUAUGCGGAACGCUCCCAGCGUGACAUGGCUCGUCGGGCCCGCAAGCACUCGAGCAACUCAACCGACGACGACGACGAUGCCGACUGCUUAGCGUCCGAGCUACCGGUCAUGUUUAGUGCCGGUACACUGGUCGGAAACCUCGAAGACAUCAUGUUCGGCGCCGUCAAUCCGUCGCUCGAGCUCAUGCGUAUCAAAUCUUCAUACGUCGACGACGUCAGCGGCACGGCCGUGCUGGCGUCUAUCGUCGAGCCAACUAUGGACGACCCGUUCUGUUCGCUCGUUAUUAAGUGGAUGGAAAUGGAUCUACCGUUGCGUAAAUCGGGUCUUGUUAAGAACAGAGACUACGUCUAUAUGGAGGCCACGGGUAUGGUGCAGCUCGGACCGAGAGGCGACCGUAUCGGUUAUCACCUCAUGCACUCGGUGCACUUCCCACAGACGAUCGACCGGCCCCACAAAGUACGUGGGCGACUGUCGAUGUGCAGUUUCUUUCGACAAGUUAGUCCCGACACGGCAGAACACUACUCAUCCGGUACAAUCGACGCGGGAGGGGCCAUUCCGCGAUCAAUUCUGGUACGAUCGACUGCUGCUCACAUGCUGGCACCACUGCGCUACGCUUAUUGCGGUCAGAUGAAGAAGCUCACAUGGAUGUUGCAACAAAAGAGGGAGGAGCGACGACUAGGAAACGACACAUCCAAGCUGCAGACACCUGCGCACGUGUGCGUGACCUGCCGAUCGAAGGCCGGGGGAUUGUUCAGUACUAAAUGUCGUAUCUGCAUGGGAGACCUCUGCAUGUCGUGUUCUAUCAAGAAACGCCUGAGCUUCUUGUCGUCUAACAGCGCUCUAGUGCGCCAAAAGGUAUCGGUAUGUACAUCCUGUAUGCUGGAAGGACUUCAUGUCAGCGCGUCCAAGGCAGCGCGUGACCAGCUCUUCGGGCCGUCAACUUACAGUGUGUUUGCCACAUGCUCCGUGUCGGAAACGAGUUCCGACCUCUCAUCAUCUCCGACGGCACUAAGCCGCAGCAUGCGCCCAAAGGUGAAAGUAUAGGCCAUAUCACAAUGUCGUCGAUUAAUUGUUGUAUUUAGGAUACUACAUAUACAUGUACUGAAUUCCGCUGACCUAUACGAUUAUAUUAUUAUAUUAGG